AUGGCCUUAAGUGGAAUGACUUCAGCAUUGUACCGAAAUGUAACGAGACGUUUCUCAACACUGUUCCUUGCCGCCGUUGUCGGUGCAUUCACGUUCGAUCUAGUGCUGAAUCGUGGAACGGACUUCUACUGGGAUAUGGUUAGUUCUUUCCAUCUUUUUAGAAGUGUUCCUCAUUCAGUGUCAACAAAGAAUCAGCCUCUGUUCCAAACAAAUGUUAAAAAUUUUACUCGAAUUAAAUUAAUUUAUUUUGCCAGCGUCAGAGGUAAUUGCCAGAUCUUUAACGAGUUUGAUAAGGUAGUUGAAGUAAAUAUCCGAGAAGUGAUUCUGUAUUAUGUGAAUAGCUGA